UUAUUGGACUGAGAAGUUCUCUUGCUGAAUCUCCUCUGUUCUUCGCAGCCUUUUAUAACUGACAACUGGUUUCUGCAAAUAUGGUCCAGCAGUUGAGUCUCGUCUUUGCUGCAGUUGUGCUGCUUGGUUACAUGGGACUAUAUCAAAGUCAUGCCCGGUUUUUGUGUUGGACUAAUUGGUUCAAUCGAGACAAACCCACUGGAACAGGUGACUAUGAGGAUUUGUUGUCAUUGCAAAAAGCUUUCCCAGGACAAAUUUGUUCUAGACCUGCAGACAUUGAAGCUCAGACAGCUGAUGAUGAAGUUCUAGCUGAAAGGACGCAUCAGCAAUUCUAUGCCUACAACACCAGAUUAGGCUUCAUUUGCCGCAAUAAGGACCAGAAAAAUGAACGCUGCUUUGACUACGAGGUUCGCUUUAAAUGCCCGUGUGGAUAAGAUGAGAGCUGUCACUGAUGGAACAAAAAAGAAAAACAAGAUGU